UCUCCCUCUCUAAACCCCAACCAACCAGCCCCUCCGCUCGCCGGCAAGAAAACCCCAGCCCCUUCCCGGAAUCCCCACUCCGGCGAGCCCGACCGACCGGCCGGCCGGCCGGCCUCCGAUGGCGUCGGCGACGUCGACGGCGGAGCUGGAGGCCGCCAUCGCCGCCCUCCCCGCCAAGAAGCAGCGCCUGCGGGAGUCCUUCGACCGCCUCCUCGCCGCCUCCCCCAUCCCCGUCCCCUUCACCUGGGCCGACGUCGACGCCCACAUCUCCUCCCUCCAGGCCUCCAUCGCCCGACGCUUCCGCCAGCUCCAGGCGCACCAGGCCGCCGCGCUCCGGUCCACCGCCGACCCCGUCCAGCACCUGCUGAGGGGCAAGGGCCAAGACAGCAGCGAGGAGGAGGAAGAUUGGGCGCGGCCCAAUCGCGCGCCUUCGGACCUCAAUGCCGGGGAGGAGGGGUCGCAGGGGGGUGCGGAGAUGGCAAUCGAGGCGUCUCCCGGCCAGUACGACGCCGUUGAGGAAGGGGAGGCGUCUCCUGGCCUUGAACCGGAGGAGGGGGAGGCGUUUCUUGGCCUUGAACCAGAGGAGGAGGAGGAGGAGGAGGAGGGGGAGCAGGGGAGGGUGGAGGUGGCAAUCGAGGGGUCUGCCGGCCAGUACGACGCCGUCGAGGAGGGGGAGGCGUCUCCUGACCUUGAACCAGAGGAGGAGGACGAAGAAGAUGGGGGGCGGGCCAAGCGGGCACCUUCGGACCUCACUGACGAGGAGGAGGGGGAGCAGGGGAGGGCGGAGAUGGCAAUCGAGGGGUCUCCCGGCCAAGACGACGCCGUUGAAGACUGGGAGGCGUCUCCUGGCCUUGAACCAGAGGAGGAAGAGGAAGAGGAGCGGGAGGAGGAGACCAUCCUAGGGGCGUACCCAAGCCAUCGCCACGGGGAGACGACGGGGAAGGCGCCGAGCAGCUGGCGGACGCCGGACCACGCAGGCGGCGCGGGGGAGGCCGUGAGGUGGAACCUCGCGGCGGCGCGCGCCGACAGGGACGCCUCGCUGCUGGCGGACAUGCUGUACUGGGGCAACAAGAGGAGCCUGCGCGCCCGGCGGCAGUUCCUCCCGGCGCUGCUGUGCGCCGCGGAGCCCCACGCGCUGGUCGUCGGCGCCGUCAGGGACUUCCUGGCCAGGGCCGAGCCCAAGAGCGACAAGAACUGGGAGAACUGCGCCUCGCUCCUCUGCUGCGUCCCCAGCCUCAGGGCCGAGCCGUCGGUGGCCACGCUGGAGCGGGCCAGACGGCUGGCCGAGGACUGGAGGGAGAUGAUCAUCGGCAGGCCUGAAACUUGCAGGGACCUCGGCCGGCUCGCCGUAUGGGGCCUUCUGCAGUUUCUUGCCUCGUACAAAAUCACCUUGGAGCUGGACGCCGAUGGGAUAAACCAUCUCCUCGCCGACGUCCCGCGCAACAAAAAGCAGAGCUGCAUCGAGCUCCGCAAUGGUCUCGGGCUGAUCCACGCCAUGGCUGACUCGGCCGACCAUCUGAUUGAGAAUGGGCAGCCAGUUGAUGCUAUCAGCCAUCUGAUUGAGAAUGGGAAGCCACUUGAUGCUAUAAAACUGGCGUGUGAUUUGAAUCUGACCGACAAAUAUCCUCCACUUUCCCUCAUGAAUGAUUAUGUUGGCAAAGCUAAGAAGACUGCUCAGGAGAUAUUGAGCAGGGAAGGCGAUUCACGGGACUCUCUGAACCAGGCCAUGGCGAGGCAGGUGAACGCCCUGAUACUGUCGUGGAGGGCGGUGGACGAGCACGUCGACGUCGCGCACCGCACCGGCAUCAAGGCGGAGAUCACCCAGCUGCUGCACGGGUACGCGCGCAAGCGGCAGAGCCUGUCGGUGCCGGUCGGUUCUUCCUCCUCCUCCUCCCCGCCUGCCUGGAGCCCGCAGCGGCGGCGUCAGGAGCUGCCGCCGGAAGAGGAGGAGGCCGGGCAGAAGCAGCACAAGAAGCGGAAGCGGAAGCCGCACUGGCUGCAGCGGGAGGCGCGGCAGCACCGGUUCCACGAGCAGCCCAGGUUCUUGCCCCGGUGCGUCGGUGCCCGGCCGGGGCACGACGCCGGCGGGGGCCGUGAUCGUGGCGGCGAGGGGCUCCCGGGGGUCCGUGGAGGGCCUCCUCGGUGCCCUGGUAGCCCGUAUUAGCUGGUAGCGUCGCUCGCUCUUGGCCACGUCCUGCUGCCUUGCCUGCAGACCAGACAAGAGUAUGUAUGUAGAGUAUGGUGCGACUGAUCAUGGGGCUGAUGGUGCACGUAUCUUUAGGAUUAAUUAACGUAAAAGUUGAGCUUAACCUCGUGGUUUACUGGUUAGAGUGCCUCGCUCAUUUAGACGAGACGAUAAACGGAAGUCCGUCUAUAUUACAUCUAGAUGUGACAUAAUAUCUUACAUCUAAGUAUGAUGUCAUGUGUUUUGUAAUC